AUAACAACUUUAAACCUUACUAGAGAUCGGACUGGAAAUACUUUCAACGCUUAUGUGCUUGCUAACAGACGAAAUCCUUUUUCUCGGCACGAAAUUAUUUUUUCUUAAGCUUGUCAUCGACACCAGACGACGUUGCCCCCUGUAACCGUUGUCUUACUCCAUAACAACUGGUUCUGUGAAUUCUAAAUUCAGUCCAGCAUGAACCAUAUAUGUUGGAUUCCUGUACUUUUAUGUGCAGUUGUUUGGACUCAGUAUGCUCGGGCAGGAUUUAUCGUCGAACCCUCUUCUAUAGAAGGAAUUCAAUCAGAAACUGUUGUACUACCAUGCACGAUACAAAACGAACCCGGCGCCAUUGUUGUUUGGUACAGAAACAAAGCGCAGCUGAGUAUCGAUAAUAAUCUAGUGAAUAGUUUAAACCCUGACGUACGAGCAAGAUUCUCUGUCGUUGGCAAUGGAACAUCUGGAGAAUUCAAUCUUCAGAUUGUCAAUGUCAAACCUGCAGAUGAAAGUCAAUAUUACUGUUCAUUUAUCAGUCGAUCAGGAGGAGCGUCUUCAGCCGUUGCCACCUUGACCGUUUUAAUUCCACCAAGUGAAGGAUAUCCAAAGUGCUCAGUAACUGCCGAGACCCCACAGAACACUAAAAAUGCUUUCUGGCCAGGUGAAGUGGCUCUUCUCAGUUGCGACUCAAUGGGAGGUGACCCUGCGGCGAAUCUUACCUGGUACCGCAAGAACUGGACAAUGUCCCACGCGGCCAAGCAUACGAACGUCUACAGGAGGAUACUUACACCAGGAGAUAAUGGAGUCACCUUUAUCUGUGAAGCGACCAGUAGUGCCUUAAGAGAACCCCGGCGUUGUGAGGUGACACCUAUGAGCAUUCCACCAGAAGUACAUGUCAGACCUUUGACCAACUCUGUGCAAUUCGGGACCAAUGCCACUUUCCACUGCGAAGUCAGCGCCAUCACACGAGUCCAGGAAUACAACUGGUUUAUCGAGGGAAAUCUCCUUACCCCCGAGACACCAGGUGUGGUCUUCGGCAACAAUGGAAAGGUACUUGUGAUCGCCAAUGUGCAGAUGGAACACGAUAGUAAACCAGUGGAGUGCGAGGCAGUCAUCAAAAAUCGGCUGGUAGCGAGGGCAGGAACCACAGUUGUGGUCAUUCCACCUAGGAAGACGGCGCCACCAAUACCUUCAAAACCCACUGAAAAGGUCACAAUCAUCCAGGUCGAGAAGUCGGAGGUACCAACCUCCCAUCCUAUUUUAUCUGCAAACAUGAACCUAAUCAUCGUCAUCGUGUCAGGUUCACUCAUAGUUCUCCUCCUGCUCAUCGCUAUCAUCAUGGGUUGCUGGGUCUUCGGCUUCCGCAAGCCGCGAAGACCAAACACAAGAGUCAACAUCGACUACGGCGAAGUCCCUGCAGAAAUGCCUUUGGAUGGCAUUAGCCAUUAUUCCGUACCUGCAGCUUUGUUCAGCACAGAGAUUCCGGAUUCACGAUUAAACGAAUCUUUCCAUCAACCGCGGCACUUUGACGAAAAUGCUUCGGGAUACAUAUCAGCACUGUACGCCACACUGGAUAAAAACAAGAGAUACCCACCGAAAACGAUCAGCUCAUCGUCGCUGCCGGAGAAACCAGUGGCCCAAAUUACUCCUACCGCCGGUAGGGUCGUCCCGCAUUUCGCCGCCGCUUCCACCAUCGACAAACGAAAGUCGACCGGGGCGAUCGCUUAUUCAGACCUGAAGGAUUUAGACAAUGACCCUGACUUUAAGAAGGGGUGUAGUUGUGACUGUAAGUCUGCUGACUAUGAUAAUAACGAGGAUCCUGCCACAGAACAAUGAUUAUGCUGAUUAUGCUGAUCAUCAAGAUCACCAAGUGCUACAGAACUUAGGAUGAUAGAACUUUGGCGAUUUGAUUCUGUAGAUCCGACUUAAACAUUCCGCCAUAAAGUCGUACAGAAUAUAAAGCUGCAAAAACUAUUUAGUGCAAUCAUACGGAAAACAUAUUCUCAUGGAUAUAAUUGUGAUUACCUAAAAAUGAUAAAACUCGGAUAAAGUGCCUUUUCAAUGUUUAUUUUUUAUACAGAAUUGUAUUCAUCUGACAAAACUCUAUCAAAUCUAUUCAAAAAAUCAAAGUAUUCAAUUUAAUAUUGUGUUGUUACGUACUCUAUUUUUGUAUCAAAUCUAUAUAUUUGAAAUUAUGUUUAUAUAUAUUUGUAUUGCAAUGUUUUGGUUUUUUAACAAUAGAACAAAGGUCGUGUCCGUUAUCUAAUAUCCACUAUUUUUUUCGCAAUACUAUUAUAUUUGUUAGUUUCAUUAAGGGUGCAUAUUACUUUGCGAAGUACUCCGUUUCUGCUCUUAAGUGCGAUAAUUGUUUUGGUUUCGUAAAGAUGCACUCGCACCUACGAAACGAAACCGACAUUAGACCGAACGAUAGUAUGCAAAUCGAUAUAACGUAACAGCUCAGGGCCCCUUCUUACAAUAAGUUACGAUUGAUCCCAUCAAUCUCAACUGUAUGGAAAUCCAUCCAAACCAUAUUUUUUGUAUAGGAAAUACAAUCUCCUUUGUAAACAAAUAUAAGCACACUGAAUUUUCAAGAAAACUAUGAAUUUAUGAAUGGACUGAAUGGACAUCAUUAUCUAGAAAAUAUGUCGAACAAACAUGCUUUUUAGAUGAUGAUGUUACUGGCUUUCAAUAGUUGUGGUUGAUUGGAUCAUACGCAACUCUUUGUAAGACGGGUCCCAGGACUCGUGUUCGUUAGUGUGACUUUAGCAUUAAUAAUAUAAUUUCUAUCAGAGACAUUUCAUACAUUAACCCCCCCCCCUCUAUUCCUCUCUCUCUAUCUAUCUAUCUCUCUAUCUAUCUAUCUAUCCAUCUAUCCAUCUAUCUUUUUCCAUUUCCCAUCUUCACAUUUUCUCUUCUCCUAAUAUAUCUACAUCUCCUUCCUUACUUUCCAUCUUUUAUAAUUGCUCUUCAGUUUCCUCCCUUCCACUUUUGUCGACCAUUUUCAUAUAUAUCUUUUUCCUUUAUCCUCGAACAGAGCUGUCUGCACCGAACGCCAUAAUCAUUUCGAAAUAAUGAAUUCAGCAUGGGAUGAAAGUUAUUCAUAUUGUCAAAAGACAAAUACGCCUUAUAAUCUUCGGCAAAAUAAAAACAUGCUAUAACUGUAAAAUAAUUCAUUUCGUAAGUACAAAUCUUGUAUAUUAGCUGUAUGAUACUGCUGUCUAUAUUGUACAUUCUAAAGAUUAUAUGUAAAUAUUAAAAAAAAUAUAUCACCUCGUGAAAUACUAUGUACAAUGCAUUCGUUUUUAUUUCUGUACUUAUUACCCACGAGGCUCUGUCUACGUCAUGCCAACACAGGAAAUAUGGAGAAGGUUUUAGAACAAAAUGUUUUGUUUUCCUACUGUUUACUUUUUUUGCAUUUUACCAUCAUUUGCCAUUAUAUAUAUACUUUCCGUUUACACAACUUGUUGAUUUUUUAGUAAAUGGGCUUUCUUGUUUAACGCCGUUUUUUUUAAAUCAUUCAAGUUUGGCCGUAUUUAAGUAUGAAAUUUCGUUUUUUUUACAUUUUAAUGAAAUGUACGCGAUGAAAAGAUGUCAAAUUAUGCACCACAGAGUCAAUACAAACUCAUUUCUUUACUUACGUCAUAAAUUGUGGAAUUCGUAAUUUGUUUUAAUGGGACACUGUAUAUCCCAAAUGAGGGUAGCUUUGCACAGGCCCCAUCUCUUCCUUGAGAGAGAGUAAACCAAUAAAAGGAACACUGCUAAGUAAUUGAAGAGGUUUUGCUUCCAAAACUGCAUACCUAAUUAUCAAAUUGACGCUUAUAUCCUAUUUGCAAAUACGUGUUCGGAAAGCCGUGUUUACAACCUUAGCAAAGUAGGCUCAGCAACGGAAAAGGGCGAUUUGAAAAAAAAAUGGCAGCGCUGCGAGAUUUUAAAGUAAUAGAUUCAGCACCAUGUUAAUAUCAUUCACGGUUUGGACCCAAUGCUGGGGUACGAGAAUAGAAUGGCAGACACAAACAAGAGUAUUACUAUGGUUUAUACAAUAAUCUGCUCAAUACCUUUCUCCCCUGCAUGCUUGCUAUCUUUAGACAUGAGAAUGCAGACAGAGUCUUGUAGGGAUACAUGCUGGUAAAAUGAAGACAAAACUCCGGGAACCCUUUCAUUUAUACCAAUGAUGAAAUCACUAGUUUUUGUCAGAUUGCCAACGAUAAGUGUUAUCAUUCUGUUGAAAAAAUAUUAUUUAUUUCGAAUAAAUGCUCAUUCUAUGACAAUUCA